GUAGUUGUGUAUAAAUCCGUGAAUGAGAACCAUUUUCGACCUCAUUCAAAAUCCAUGAACGUCCAUUAGACCGUCUGCAUCAACGCAUACGGAUACAGAAAUCGAUGAAAGUCGACUACUCUUCGAGAUAUGGCUUUUCUCUCCAGCAUCAUCGGCUUUGCCAGUGAGCAUAUUUUGGGUCUGAUCAUUGCCGGCAUCCUUGUCUACCUCACACGCAACUAUUUCACCCCGGGUGUUGUCUCAAUUCCAGGCCCUUUCGCUGCUAAGCUUUCAAACAUCUGGAGAUUCGUUGAUGUAGCUCGAGGUCGUCCGGAUAUUACAUUAUAUAAAUUGCACCAGAAAUAUGGCGAAUACGUCCGACUCGGACCAAAUGUGGUCAGCGUACGGAAUCCGGAUGUCUUGAAGACAAUAUACGGGAUUAAUAAGGGCUUCCGCAAGACGAACUUUUAUCGUGUCCAACAGCAACUUGCCAAUGGAAAACCGACACAGACGCUUUUCACUACGUUGGACGAAGACUUCCAUGCGGCGAUCAAACGUCCGGUGACAUCAGCUUAUUCAAUGAGCACGUUGACGGAAUUUGAGCCUUUUGUCGAUACCACAAUACGGAGCUUGUUCAAACGGUUAGAUGAGUUUGUCGAGAACAGAAAAGGUUGCGAUAUUGCUAUUUGGAUGCAGUACUAUGCCUUCGAUGUGAUUGGAGAGUUGACGUACAGUAAGCCUCUAGGCUUUCUGGAGCAAGGACGUGAUGUAGAUGGAAUCAUUGCAUCGUUGGAGAAGAUACUCGAUUACGCAGGAAAAAUUGGCCAAAUGCCAUGGCUCGAUUAUUUCCUCAUCAAGAAUCCCUUAAGACAGUUUGUGCCUGGCGGAUCAACGGGGGCUGUUGCGCGCUUUGCUCGGGAUCGCAUGCGUGAGCGGCUACAAUCACCACAGAAAAAGAAUGGGUCUCGCAAGGAUUUCCUUUCUCGCUUUCUCGAAGCGAAAGUCCGUUCGCCUAAUGUUGUCGAUGAUGCCCAGGUAUUCUCGUACACAGUUAGCAACAUGAACGCCGGAUCCGACACCACUGCGAUAUCUCUCCGAGCCAUCCUGUACUACACCAUGAAGGAUGAACGGGUCAUGAAUAAGCUCUGCCAGGAACUGCGUGAUGCCGUAGGCGCGGGAAAGAUCUCAAUGCCAAUUUCCUGGAAGCAGAGCCAGGAGCUACCCUACCUUGACGCGGUGAUUAAGGAAGCCCUCCGUCUCCACCCUGCGGUAGGACUACUGCUGGAGCGAGUCGUGCCAGAAUGUGGUCUGCAGUUGCCGAAUGGGCCAUUGCUCCCACCGGGAACUAUCGUAGGAGCCAAUCCGUGGAUCAUUCAUCGCCAUUCAGUGUUCGGAGACAAGGCAGAGGACUUUAUACCGGAGCGUUGGCUGCGAGGGGAGGAUGAAUCCGAAAUAGCAUUCGAAGCACGACGACAGAAGAUGGUUCGAGCAACCUUAACUUUUGGGGCGGGUCCGAGAACUUGUAUCGGGAAGAAUAUUAGUUUGUUGGAAAUAUACAAGCUGAUUCCAUCAUUGCUUCUCACAUAUGACAUUCAACUAGUGGACCCUAAAGCUGAGUGGGAGAUAACCAACGCUUGGUUUGUUCGUCAGAAGAACAUUGUUGUGAAACUGACCAGAGUCUGACGUGAG